AUGGCCUCACUUGCACAAAACCUAGUAGACACUCGACGGAAAUACGACAAAAUCACACUUCAAUGGCAAGAGACUUUAUAUCAACCCGUGGACUGUGAAGUCUUGAGAGAGUCUGCAAAAUUCUUACAACCUCAACAUUACAAUGAGGUCAUUGAAGAAAGGAAUGUUGAUAAUCUUUGCGGCUAUCCUGUAUGCUCUAAACCGCGUCAGCAAAUAGAUGGCAACUACAGAAUCUCGCUGAAGGCUCGUGAAGUAUACGAAGUGUCAGAGCUCAAUUGUUUCUGUUCACGCACAUGUUACAUAGCAUCAAAGUUUUUUCUGUCUCAGCUAUCGCCUGAGCCUAUUUAUCUUAGAAACCUCGACAAAUGGAUCUCGGUCAAAGUGAUUCCAGUGGGAGUUGAUGCGAGGCAAGUGCUGACUAAAGAAACUGAAUCAACAAGACAAAUUGACUUGGGUUCGGAAUAUGUCAAGGCAGUGACGAACAAUCUUCCUCCGGCACCAUCCGACAUUGUUAUCAAAGAGAAAGUAAACGAGGCACCAGUUGAUCCAUUGAGUUGUAAUAAACAAGCUCAUGAUGCUGUAGAAGGGUUCCGAGUUAAGGUGCCGGCAAAAGACAGACGACGUACGAAGAAAGAGUUAACCCUGACAAUGUUUGGCAAAAUAUGGACUACUUUGGACCGAAUAACAACAACGAAUACAAGAAUGUACUUUAAGAAUAAUGAGGUUAAAGUAAAUUAUACAGUUGACUCUGAUCAGUAUGAACUUAUGAUGACACGAUCCAACAUAUUUAGUGAGAAAAUUCUGGCAAGCUAUAAUUUUAUUCGGCCAAUAUUACCAAUAACAGUGGAUAUAGUAGACGAUCUUGUCAAUCUCAUGCGUACUUUCAAACUAGAUCGCCAAUCGGUCAUGCUGACUGAAGCUGAGAGUAACGUACUGUGUAUGGUUUUUUUGUAUGCUUUGUCGAUGAAUAUCCCGGAACUGCAUAAAAACAUAUUCCCUACUGAUGAUACCAAUAAUAACUUUAAGAAAACUUUAGAGAGUAUGGGAUUGACCAUGGAGGAGCUGGAAGCGUUUACCAGAGUUAUCAGAGUUGCCUCGACUUAA